AUGGCUUUAGCACAAUUAUCGCAUCGUUACGUAUUUGGCUUAAAAGGUGAUCUAAGAGACACAGUUAGCUAUUUAGACGAGCAAUCCAUCGUUUACCCUGUUGGAUCGAACUGCGUUGUCUAUAAUGUCGAUCAAAGAAGUCAAAAAUUUAUCAUUGGAUCGGAGAAAAGUCAGUACACAUCAGCAAUUGCUGUUAGUACGAAUAGGCGCUAUGUUGCUAUUGCUGAACGAGGAGAUAAGCCUACCAUCAAUAUCUAUGAUAUUCACUCUUUAAAACGAAAGAAGGUCUUAACAUUACCGGAAUGUACAUCUAAUGAGUACGUUAGCAUGGCAUUUUCACCAGAUUCUAAAUAUCUAGUAACACAGAGUGGUAAGCCCGAUUGGACAUUAACUUAUUGGACAUGGGAAAAAUCGAAACCAUUAGCUUGCGUCAAGACAACUAAUCAGCACAAUGCCACAAUUUAUCAGGUUACAUUCAAUCCUCAAGAUAAUUCUCAAGUUUGCGUAACUGGAAGCGGAAUAUUUAAAUUAUUUCGUUAUAAUGAAGGCAAUUUAAAGCAGUUUGCUUUCUUAAAAAUGGAUCCACAAAACUAUUUAAGUCAGAGCUGGUUGAGUGAUGACAAAAUUAUCGUUGGAACUGAUUCUGGUAGAUUACUUCUACUAGAAGCCGGUGAAUUAAAAAAUGAAUUUAGCAUCGUUAGUCCGACUGCCGAAUCACGCCAGCGAUCGACGACAAAUACAAUUAUGGAAGAUAAAAUAAUUGAUGAUCGCUUAGCUAUUCACAGUAUCGUUAGUUAUACUAAAGGAUUUAUAUGUGGUUGUGCGAAUGGAUCGGCGUAUACUUUCGAGAAAACCGAUGAAAAAGAUACUUAUAGAAAGACGAGAGAAAUGGCGUUACCUUCAUCAUCCUUGAGAAAAGAGGAAACAGUUAAACAUUCACCUAGUAUUAAAACUAUAACUAUUAGCCCAUCGGAAGAAAAUUUAAUUUGUAGCAGUAGCGACAAUCAACUUUAUACCAUUUCUCUAUCAUCAGCAGAUAUGGCCAAGGGGGAGAUUAUUAGUUUUGAGUUACUUUCUUGCUCCUUUCAUCAUCAUGUUAUCAGUGGCCUUGAUAUUUGCGUACGUAAACCCCUUGUCGCUACCUGCUCGAUGGAUCGAUCAGUCAGAAUUUGGAAUUACGAAACUGGAUCAUUGGAAUUAUACAAGGAAUUUCAGGAAGAAGCCUUCAGUAUUGCUUUGCACCCGUCCGGUUUAUACGUAUUAGUUGGAUUUAGUGAUAAACUUCGUCUAAUGAAUCUGCUAAUUGAUGAUAUUAGCUCUUUUAAAGAGUUUACCAUCCGUGGUUGUCGCGAGUGUUCAUUUAGUAAUGGAGGCCAUCUAUUCGCUGCAGUUCAUGGUAAUAUUGUUCAACUCUACUCGACAUCUACAUUUGAAAAUGUCAUGAACUUGAAAGGCCAUAACGGCAAGGUUAAAGCUGUGCGAUUUAAUGCUGAGGAUAGCAAGAUUGUUUCUUGUGGCAUGGAUGGGGCUAUUUGUGAAUGGUCAUUAAUUACAGGAAAACGUGAAAGUGAAAACGUUUUAAAGACUUGUAGCUAUUCCGAUGUUGUUAUUGCAUCUGAAGGACGCACAGUUUAUGCUGUUGGAUCAGAUCGUACUUUGAAGGAAAUUUGUGACUCCCAAAUUUUACGGGAGAUCCAAACUGGUGAAGCAAUCUUCACCCAAGUUGUCCUCUCCAACAGCUCUCGAAUGUUAUUUGGAGCUACCAAUUUAGGUACUAUCCGCUCAAUCAAAUAUCCCUUAACUCCAUCGGGCGAUUCGCAAGAAUAUCAGGCACACAGCGCUGCCGUUACUAAGGUAAGCACUUAA